AUGUGUAUUAUGAAAAUGGCCUUCAGCAAGCUGACUUUGGCGCUCACCCUUUACUUAGUUGUUGUGAAUGCUCAAAGGCCCUCCUUCGCCGGACUGAGACCAAUUGGAUAUCCAGACGUAGAAACAGAUCUACUUUCCAAUAGAUUCGGUGAAGAUGAAGACUUACCGAUUGAAGCUAAAGGUGAUAGAGGUUUUAUUAAUCGAUUAAACCAACUGCCAGUUGACAACAGACCUUUUUGGUAUCUAAACUGGAAACAAUAUGAAGACUUAAGACGUAAACCCCAGAACUGGCCACAAAGACCAAAUUCUUUCAUUGGCACAAGAUAA